AUAAAAAGGACAAUGAUAAAUACAUUUCGUCGAACAGAAUUGGCGACACGAAAUUAUUUAACAGAAAAAAAGACAUCUAUUCCGGCAGAUCAAUUAGCAGCUCGUUUUUGGAACAUAUUGUCAAAUGGAUAUAAUGGAUAACGAUUAUGAUAACACUUGCUGGUCACGACAAAUAAUGCUGAAUUAGUAGCGCGAUUACCUUCAUCACAGCAUUCAAUAUCAACAGCAUUAACGUUCAUUGCCACCGUUUCUCUCAGCAUUGACUCCGGCCGUAAGAUGGAUUUCAGGAGCAUGGAGGCGGGUUAAGGGGAUACGUAGGAGUGACUCCGGUUAUAGGUAUUCUCGAGUAUGCCCCAUAAGGGCACAAGAUCCGCUGUUUCCGUGGCAGGGGUUGGUCUCAUGCCGCCGCGAAGUGGGGAUGACUCUGACGAGAAGACGCAUGACGAGAAGGGGGGACGCGGCUCUCCGCAUCGGAGCUCAAAGCCAGCCGGCGCGAACGCGGACCUGGAGGGAGUUGGAAGCAAACCGGACGGGUUGCCAGACGAGUUUCUGCCGACGCAGGACGAGCUCACUUUCAGAGCUCUCCGACGACACCUCUUCUAGGUUGAUUCAGAUAUCACUCAAUUAUUUGCGCGAAACAGUGACAGAAGUGUAGUGCGGAAACGACGUUAUUAUUCGUUUAAAGUAUGACGGACAUCGAAUCGCUUGGUUUAACAAAAUUCUACGCAAAAACGUCAGCUUGACCCUCGUUUCGACUCAGCAUUCAAUGGUGUGAAUAAAAAGUGAAAGUUUAUGAAAAAGAGAAGUGUGUACCAUCAAAGAGGAGGACAUUCAGUGGCGUGCAUAGAAAUUGAUAGACUACUCCGAAUUUCCGGAGUUCGAUGACAAUCGUGAAAUAGAAGAGCAAAGCUGAAGAAGUUACUACACCUGCCACAGUGGUUAUCGCGGCGCCACUCAGGUGUUGCAUGCGUGCCGUGGUUAUCCAUCAUGGUCGCGGGCUAGGAACAGCUCCGAUUGGUCGGUCUUGUGGUCACGUGGUAUGGUAAUUGGGCUCCGGUGGGCGGGAAGGAGCGAACGAGGUCGUGGAGGAUCGCGAAAGUGGCGGAAAGAGAGGAGAGAAUAAGCAGCUGUCCACCGGGAGUCCUGUGCUCGUUGCGGCCCCGCUCUUUCCAUUUCUUUUCUCUUUUUCUCCCUCUCCUUCUUUCUCUCUUUUCCUCCUUUCGAGAAAACGUCACCCCUUUUUCGCAAGACGCGGUGAGGUGUGGACGAUGGACCACAGCGCAGUGCCGUGCAGUGUAGCUUGUGAGAAUGAAUAUUAACACGAAAUGGUGCAACGGAUCGAAGAACUGAAUGCAGAAAGCAAAAUAGAAAGGUAGAAUCCAACAGUGCGGUCGUUCGAGAAUUCAUCACGGACUGUCGUGUGGGUGCGUGUUUCCCGCAAGAAAGUACUCGCGAACAUGAACUCGUUCCUGAUGAAUCCGUCCGCCGCCGGUGGAUAUCAUCACCAUCAGCAUCAGCAGCAAGCUGGAAAUCAUCAUUUAGCCGCCACUUCUGUCAUGGUCGAUCCCAAGUUCCCUCCCAGCGAAGAAUACAGUCAGAGUAAUUACAUACCUUCGACUGGAGCAGACUUUUUCUCGAGCGGCGGCGCCGGGCAUCACUUAAGCCACCCGCAAUCUCAGUUGCAAUACGGCUAUCAUCAGCAUCAUCAUCAAGCGGCGUCGACUCCUUACGGAGCUUCCUCCACGGUACAAUUGAACGGAGGAUAUGCAGGAUACAGCGGAUAUUACGGGCCUCAUCAUCACCAAGUGCACCCGGUUCAUCACGCCACUUUACAUCCUCAUCAUCACGCAGUGGGCGCACUAGCGAUGCCGCCGGAAGCCCAGCAGCCACCGCUCACGUGUCCGUCGUCGAUGCAAAGUCAGCAGCCGCAGCAGCAACAACAAUCGUCCGUACCAACGUCGACUAUUCUCGCGUCCACGCCGCUAUCGCCGUCUUUAAUGCAAAAUCACGUGCAACAGCCGGACGCUCUUCAGCAUCAUCAGCAGCAACACGAGAACAAUGCCUGCAGUCCGGCCGGUUCGAGUCAAUUACACCGGGAUAAUUCGCCUGAUCUUCAGACGCAACAAUCAUUGUCACAGCAAUCUCAACAUAUACAGAGCGGCCAGCCGCAAACUUCGCAGCAGUCGCAACAACAGCACCAUGUGGAAGAUAGUUCAGAUGCAGAUGAUGUAGAGGAUGGUCAGAUGGAGGGCUCACCAGGGAUGAUAGAGGAAGAAGAGGAAGACGAGGAGAAUAGAGAUCGUCCGAUUUAUCCGUGGAUGAAGAAGGUUCAUGUCGCAGGUGUCGCGAAUGGCACGUAUCAACCUGGAAUGGAACCAAAGCGACAGAGAACCGCUUAUACCAGGCAUCAGAUACUCGAAUUAGAAAAGGAAUUCCAUUACAAUAGGUACCUGACGAGGAGACGACGGAUCGAGAUCGCUCAUACACUGGUCCUGUCGGAGCGACAAAUCAAAAUCUGGUUUCAGAACCGCCGUAUGAAAUGGAAGAAGGAUCACAAGCUGCCGAACACGAAGAACGUUCGCAGAAAGAACGCGAACGGCCAAGCGCCGGCGGCGGCGUCGAAGCCGGCGAAAACCUCAGCGACGCGGACAAAGUCCGGCACGGGUAACAGCCAAAGGAAAAGCAAUAGCUCACCUUCCAGCGGUAUGGAGAACAGUCUGGAUUCCAACAUCGGUCACGAUAUGAGCGAGGUUCACGGGGUCAGCACCGGCCUUUCUCAUCCCGUUGGCGUGGUUCAUCCAAGCUUUCAAGGUCACCCUCAUUCUCUGGCUCAUAUCCAAGCACAGCUGAGUCAUCAUCACGUGGGUGGGAUGAUGGACGGUCCGACGGGAGGACCGUUGGGACACAUAAGUUCCGGAAGUAUCAGUCCUCUUGCUCCAGCCACCAGUCCUCCCGGACUGUCGCAAGUACCAGCUCCUGUUCCGCCGUCGGCGAUAAAAUCCGAUUAUGGACUCACAGCUCUGUAACAUCCAUUCCGGAAGGUGUGAUCUUCGAUACCAGUGGUAGUGGCUCUCCGCGAAUUAAUUCAUUUACUGGUACCGUGUUUCUUCGUUUGAUUGGAUAUUUAUUGCAGGUUGUAUAGAAUAUAAUUUGAGUUCUUUCUCAUUGCAGCAUCGGACGAAGAGAGUAAUCCUGGCUGUUUCUCUUAUACAACAAAUAUGCAUGUAUUUACCAAUAAUGGUUUACUGAAAUUUAAUACUGAAGGACUUUAGUACUUAUACUAGGUUCAAAUUAGCCAAAUUUACACAUUUUAAUCCUUUCUUACAUUUAUUAUUGGUAAAAAUGCACUUUGAUUUUAUAAAGCCAAGUCUCUCUUUCUCUUCUAAGAACUCAUUACAAUUAAGUA